AAAAGAACAAAAAAAAAAAAAAGUUUACUUGAAAGACAGUCUUGCCUUUUACCUCUCCUAUGCAAUCUCCCUAAGGAUGUCACACUAAUCUCCAGUUAGCAAUAGUAAGGGAUUGUACUGGAGAAGCUGAAGGGAGUAUUUAGAAAGCUUUACUCUGGGUAAAUAGUUUAAAAGUAGGCUAGUGUUUGACACCACUUUGAGGAUUCUGCUCCAGCCACACAUAGAGGAUUAGUUACUUGUUGCAUUAUUUGUGUCUUCACAAGCUCUUCCUGUCCUGCACUAAUCAGUGAACCUGCAUGGCUGCAGAGGGGGCGAGUGGGGAGUCUGCUGGGUCUCCAGGAUCUCCAGGGGUGCCUGAGCGCAAGGAGUAUCUCUUCAAGGUGCUGGUAAUUGGGGAACUGGGUGUUGGGAAGACCAGCAUCAUCAAACGCUAUGUGCACCAGCUCUUCUCCCAGAACUACAGGGCCACUAUUGGUGUGGAUUUCGCUCUGAAAGUUAUUAACUGGGACGGCAAAACCUUAGUGAGGCUGCAGCUAUGGGACAUCGCAGGACAAGAACGCUUUGGUAACAUGACAAGAGUCUACUAUAAGGAGGCCGUUGGAGCAUUUGUGGUAUUCGAUGUGACAAGAGGUUCAACCUUUGAAGCGGUCAUGAAAUGGAAAUCCGAUUUGGACAGCAAAGUUUUCCUUCCAGGGGGAGGACCUAUUCCAACAAUUCUACUUGCAAACAAAUGUGACCAAAAGAAGGAAAAUAUUGCACAGAGUCAGGCCCAGAUGAACACCUUCUGUAAAGAAAAUGGCUUUCUUGGAUGGUUUGAGACCUCUGCAAAGGAUAAUAUCAACAUAGAUGAAGCUGCUCGAUGCCUGGUGGAAAAUAUACUUGCAAAUUCCAAGAACUUUCCUGUAGAGGAGAACGACACGGGUAACAUUAAGAUUGAGCAGGUGGCAUUGCCUGCAGAGAGUAAAUCACAGUGCUGUUAAUCUCUUCUUGUGGAUAGACAUGACAAAGGACACCGCUAAGCAAUCUAUAUCUGCCGUUUUAACAACCGGACUGCUGCUAGUGAUGCUUCCACAUACUCGACGAUCAUCUUACUUGGCCAUUAUGGUGUUUACAUGACUGUUCUUUUUGUUUGCAUAACCUGGUUAUGGUGUGUUUGUCUUAUUCAUAACAAGAAGCCAUGCACUGUAUGUACAGUAAUUAUUAAACAUGAACACAUACUAAAGUACUUACUAUAGUGAUGUAAAAUAUUUCUGUAAAUGAAAUGUAACCAACAUAUUAUUUCAUUUUGGUUAGUAACCUGUAUGUAUGAAAAACAAAUUAGUCCAAAUCCUGCCAAAUCUGUUCAAAGCACCAGAUUUUAAGUGUAUCUUUGCUUAAGCGCAGACAACUCAAUCAGCCAUUCCUUCAUGCUAAUUUACUCCAGCUAUCAUAAAAGGGAAGUGAGACCUGGUCACCUGUAAAAUGUACAUUCUUUCCUGUUAGCAUUUUUGGUCCAUAAGUGCAAAAUGUCCAAAAACAAAAAAAA